GCGGAGGCGGGCCGACGCUGAAAAUUUGAACGCGGCGGCGGCGGUUCCCUCAGUUGGUGAAUAGGCGUCUCUCGGGUCAGCGAGUGCUUUGGAAGGGAGGCAGGUGAGCGGAGUCGGGCGGCGGUUUCUCCCUCAGGGAAGGCGGGGGAGGGGUGUUGGGGGGGCGGAAAAAGCCCCCCUUCGGUCUCCUCCCCUCCCGCUGGUUUUUGGGAGGAGGCUUCGGCCCCUGGUCCAUGCCCUCAGCGGAAGGAGGGAGGGCCGUGAGGAACGGGAAAGCGGCUGGAGGGGGUCGCGCCCCCCCCAAAGGAGGAGGAACCUUCCCUUGCAUACCUGUCUGCCUUGGUCCGUCUUGGGCUAUUAGGCCUUAGCGUCGUCCCGUUUUUAUUCCCUGCAUUUGUUACCUCAAGGUGGCUUACAGAGAAAAGGAAGGCAGCUAAAAAGGCGGGGGGCAACAUCUCUCUCUCUUUCUAACCAGUUAAACAUUAUUACAGUGGUACCUCGGGUUACAGACGCUUCAGGUUACAGACGCUUCAGGUUACAGACUCCGCUAACCCAGAAAUAAUGCUUCAGGUUAAGAACUUUGCUUCAGGAUGAGAACAGAAAUCGUGCUCCGGCGGCGUGGCAGCAGCAGGAGGCCCCAUUAGCUAAAGUGGUGCUUCAGGUUAAGAACAGUUUCAGGUUAAGAACGGACCUCUAGAACGAAUUAAGUACUUAACCCGAGGUACCACUGUACUUCGUAUAUGCAUGCGUAUAUGUGCAUAAAAUAUACCGUACAGAUAAUUGCAAUGAGAACGGCCAUGCUAUAGUAAUGAGGAUAAUGAUUUAUCCCCCACCCAGUGCCGGAUUUACAUAGAAGCUAAACAGGCUAUAGCUUAGGGCCCCACUCUCUUGCCCCCCCCCCCCCAAAAAGGGGAAGAAAUGGAUGUACAUUUCCAAAAUAUAAGUUCAACAAUUGUUGUUGUUGUUGCAACAACAAUUGUUGAACUUACCUUAUAUUUUGGAAAUGUACAUCCAGCCUUGGUCCGUCUUUGGCUAUUAGGCCUUAACGUUGUCCAGUCCCGUCCCCCCCCCCCCCGCAUUUUGACCUCAAGGUGACAGAAAAAAGGAAAGCAGCUAAAAACGGGGGGACGGGCGGCAUCUCUCUCUCUUUUUAACCAGUCAAACAUUAAUACUUCGUAUAUGUGCAAAAAAUAUACUGUACAGAUAAUGGCAAUGAGAACGGCUAUGCUAUAGUAAUGAUGAUAAUGAUUUAUACCCCACCUGGAUUUACAUAGAAGCUAAACAAGCUAUAGUUAGGGCCCCACUCUCUUGCCCCCCCCCCCCCAAAAAAAAUAAAGGGGGAAAAACUGGUUGUACAUUUCCAAAAUAUAAGUUCAACAAUUCCUAUGGUAAAAUACAUGUUUUGUUUAGAUACCUAUUAGCUCCAUAAAUUACUAUAUAGCAUAUAUUCAGCACCAAAAACAAUGACAAUUGGUAGUUGACAAAGGAAAGCUGGACAUAUAAAGAGCCCCAUUACCUUCAGUAGCUAUGGGCCUCAUCAAACCUAACUGGCCCUGACCCCACCCAUUGACUGGGUUUCCCUAGGCACUAUGGGUGGCUCCCAAUAGAAUAUUAAAAACUUGAUAAAUACAUCAAACAUUAAAAGCUUCCCUAAACAGGGCUGGCUUCAGAUGUCUUCUAAAAGUCAGAUAGUUGUUUUAUUUCCUUAACAUCUGAAGGAAGGGCGUUCCACAGGGCUGGCGCCACUCCCCAUAAGGCCCUCUGCCUGGUUCCCUGUAACCUCACUUCUAGCAGUGAGGGAACCGCCAGAAGGCACUUGGAGCUGGACCUCAGUGUUUGGGCUGAAUGGGGGUAGAGACGCUCCUUCAGGUAUACUGGGCCGAGGCCAUUUAGGGCUUUAAAGGUCAGCACCAACACUUUGACUUGUGCUCGGUAAUGUACUGGGAGCCGGUGCUCUUUCAUUAAAAGCAGUCUGUUCCCAAAAACCUGUUGGAACAAGGUGGUCUUCCCUUGGAUAUGCCGGCAGAAGGACAACAAGGAGGGAGCCAGUUUAGCUUCUCCUGGGAUGGCGUUUGAAAGCCAUGUGGAGGCUAAGUGCCCUUUCAAACCACCACUUUCUUUUUUGUUCUUGUACGCCCGUAGUGACUCCCUUGAAAUGCUCCUGAUCCAGGAUCUAAGUUUCCUCUACUACAACUUGUAAGCCCAAAACACUGUACUGUAACUGGCUAUUAGUUGGUUAACUUACUUUUUUUUUUUACGGAGGGGGACGCCAGGAUGUUCCCUUUUUUUUGUUUAUUCAUUUGUAAGGGAUAUCUAUACAUGUCCUUGAUUUUUUUAAGAAAAGCCCUUCCACACCCACAGUCUCAAAACACCCUAAACUUACAGCCACAGCACCAAGUGAGAACAUCCUACAUUUGAAGAGAUGCUUAAUCUUGUUUUUGCAGUAUUGCUUUUGGCAGCACAGCUUAUACUUCAUUGUGGCUUAGAAUAGUGUUAAUGGUAACCUGAGUGACACUGAAUUUUGUUUACAAGAGCUGUACACUUUAGAGAAUGGAUGAGAAACUGGAUUUCUGAGUACUUGCAGGACUCCAACUCCCAUCAUCCCUGUCCAUAGGAGUUGAGUCCAAUAACUUGGAGAGCCACAGGGUUUGACCUAUGAGACCACAGGUUCCCACCUAGAAGUAUCCAGUUGCAUUAAAACAACAUUGUCAGCCUGGCUAUGGUUGUUAACACCUUUGCUUUCAUUUCUAGAAUGAGUCUGCAUACCUUAAGUGGAGAUAACGGUAGCAACGACAUAGCUGCUGAAAGCUGUGCCAUACUUUUCACAUCUCCAGAAGUCGUAGGCAGACCUUCUAUUCUUCGCCCAUCACAGAAAGAAAAUGUGCCACCGAAGGGGAUGGUAAAGCCUAUGAAGGUAUGUCUGUGUUAAUGUCCAGCAUAAUUUUCUGUGUUAAAGGCCUGGUCCAACGGGUUUCUGUGCUGACAAAUACUUAAGUUUCACCAAGUGCACUGGCAACAGCAAGCUGACCCUUCAAGGGUCAUGGACCAGCAGCAAGUGUAAUGUAUACACUGGCAAUGGUCUUCAUUGUAGGUAUGUGUAACAUGGAACCAUGGAGAGGCAUUACAUGGCCCAAGCGUUUGAUAUUCAGGUCUCACUUUAUUAUGGGAUAACUAUAGCGGACAGACUUUGUAACUCAUACGCAGAAUUUCCCCAAUUGUUACCACCAUGCCUGUUGGGCGGUUGUGUUCCUUUACAGUGAUGGGAAUGUGAGGGAGGACUUAUUAUUGAAUUCCUUUGAAAUGUACCCAUCACUAUAAAGGAACACAGGAUCUCUGUUGCUUAGUUACUUGUAUUAGUACUAGCUCUGUGCAGUUUUUAAUACUUUUAGUUGCUUAAUAUCUGUUCUUUAUUAAUCAUAUUUAUGGGCAUCUUUAUUGAUGCCUUUAUUAUUUUAUAAGCUGCCUUGAGGGCCUCCUUAGUGGAAAGGAAGGGUAUCAAUACUCAUGGAUGUGCAUGCAUGUGUGCUCUUAGGGUUUUGUGUGUGUGUGCUUGCUCAAGUAAUUUGUGUGACUUUCUCUUCCAAGGUAACUUUUCAUACUCCUAUGCGGGAUUCUCAGACUCACAGAAUCCUAAGUCCAGAUAACAGGAAGAUUCCUGAAACACCUGUUAUAGGUGACUGCACAGAUAUCCCAGAGGAUUUUGUUUUGUCUGCAUCCAGUGCUAUGUGAGUAAAUCAGAUCCUCUUGAUGUAUUUUUAAAAAUUAAAACUAGAAAAGGUUGUAUGAUUGCCCCUGCUCUCUAGAAUACUCUCUUGCAGCUGUCUUUUCUGAUUCAGUGAGAGAGGUGACUGACUUUUUCUUCCUAGAAGCUGACAAUUGAGAUUUUACAGGAAGCGUUUCUUCUGGUCCUUCAAAGCUAAGAGCAGCAGCAUUGACUUAAGUGCUAGAACAGAUUGUUGCAUUAGCCCAUGAUUUCUGAAGGAGUCUUCCACUUGGUGACAUUUUUGGGCAUUAGAAAUAUUGAGUGGAAACGCUGACACCAAACCCUACAUACAUUAAGCAAAAUAGAAACAUCGCCACCCGACCCCACACCCACCCAUCUUCCCCCCUAAUGUCUCAACAAAUGAAACUGAUUUGUAAAAAUUUUACAUGGAAAAAAUACGAGAGACAUUACACAUACUUCUGUAAAACAAGAAAAUCUUUAAUAAUAAAAAAGAAGCAUAAAAAAAGAAAUAUUGAGUGGAUAUCAUGUGAAGAUUGGCCUAAGUCUGCAGAAGUCAUUCUCCAGGGUGUCAUCUACAAGGUGGCAGUGAGUAGUGUCUAGUCCCACACUUAGUUUAGGUGCAAGAUACUGUUGAUGGUGUAACCUAUACCUAUAAUAGCCCACCACAAAUCAUAUACCUACACAACCCAGAAUGUGUAGAUGCCAUACGCUUAGUCUUUGUGUAAGUUACUGACAAGUGCAUGGUUCCACACCAGUAAUUGCCAAAAUAUGUGCAAACUGACUCCUGAGUGUGUGAUUCAGAGUUUUGUGGGGGUGCACACCUCCAUUCCUUAUUUAGAGAUAGUUUGUCUAAUUUUGGCUUGGGCUCAUACUUGGCAGGGUAUUGUGCCCAGAGAAUGCAUUGGGGCACUUACCUGUAAAUCUGGAUGCAGCAUUUUAGGGUGCAGUGUCUUGCAACCAAAUGAAGCAUUGGGCAGGACACUACUUAAUGCCUUCUCAUAGAAGACUCUUUCCUGGAGGUGUUUGGAUAUAGCAUUUGAGGCGGCCAAAAGCUUAUUUUGGGGUAUACAUUUCCAGUUCCACAUUGAAUACAGUGUAGAAGACAAACACUAAGUUUGACAUAAAUUUUCCAGAUGCAGGUGCUAUGGCUCAUGAGAGAGCUACUGCAGGAGGAUGGUAGCUGGCCAUUUUGGAAACAGAAUUCCAGUUUUGUGCCAAACUGAAGUGGAUAGUAAAUGCCCUGUUCGUAAGCAUUGGGCUGCACCUAACAAAAGCCUCUUUUCCUAUGUGCCAAAUGCGGCUCUUUUAUUUUAAUUAUUUUUCAAAGGCCGUAUUAACUAGCUAGUGAUGGGUCUACCUUUCAACAGGAGUCAACAAACAGUUACCCUAGAUGCUGAUAUUGCAAGUGAGAAGAUAGAGGUGGAAGGAAAGGUAAAUCCUGAUUCUUCAGAUGAUGUAAUGUCAGCAGAAAGCAAAGGAGCAAAUAUCCCUGACUUGCCUACUGACGACUUUGUGAAAAUAUCGUCUUUGGCAGUGUUUGCUGCAGCUGAGAAACAGGAUGGCGGUUCUCUUGAUGCAGUUUGCCUGCCUCAGACUGCUACAGAGAACAAUCCAUCUGAUGAGGAAACAGGUUGCAAAACCCCAUCGGCAAACAAUGAUGUGUCAAAGCAAUUUCUAAGCUCUGAUUUGGCAACAGUUUCUAACGGAGUCUGCAAAUCUGAGCCGUUGUCAAUAUCCCACAUACAAAAUUCUCCCUCGCAACACGUGCAAGGAUCCUGUAGCUCUGAGAAUGUCAGCUGCGGUGAAAUAAAACCUUUUCAGACUGAGGAAUCAGAGUGGCAAAAUUCCACAGCAGUGAACAGCAUCUUGCCGGAGUGUGAGGGGGAGGUUCACGUAACAAAACCUGAAUUCAUAAAACUGGAACCAGAUAUGCUUGAAAAGGCAACUAAUAAGGUAUCUCCAAGGAAACCAGGCAAGGGUGCUGGAAUGAAGGUUCCUUCUGGGAAACCAGCUUCAACUCACAAAGUGCUGGAGGAAGCUGAAGAGAGAACCAACACUGCAACAAAGAGUUCUGUCCACAAAGCAUCUUAUAGCCUGGACUGCAAUAAAUUUGACGAUCCUGACUUCAAUCCAUUAGGGGGUGUUUCAAAAAUGCAAAAUUCCCUUGAGUGUCCUAUGCCCAGAACUAAAACAACAGAUACCCAGGAGGAUAGUAUUUUGUCCAAAAUACUUCAAGCACAGUUGCACAAUCAACCGGAUGACUUUGAAGCUGCAGAACUAUUAAGUGAGAAAUUGUGAGUAUUUUAACACUAAAUCUGGAGCAGUCCUGGGCUUGGGAAAUGAAGUAGUACAAAUUUAAAAAGCUUGCAACUUUAUAUCAGUCCCAAAAACUAGCAAGUUAGAGAACCCAAGACAGGUAGGGGAAGAAAACAGCAUAUAUUGGAACUAUUCAGGCUUCUCUUAUCAUUUCAUGCUACUCAGUUCUGUGUAGUAGAACUAGCUAUAAACUGUUUAAUGACAUGCUUAAGGAAAACAGUGUUCAUAAACAGUCUUGUUCUUCUCCAAGGACCUUAAGGUGGUGUGGUUAACAUGUCACCCCCACAACUCUGUGAUGUAUGUUAGACUGAGAGGCAGUGGCUGCCCCAAGGUCACCCAGUGUGCUUCAAGGCCAAGUGGGGAUUUGAACCCUGGUGUUCCAGGUCUAAGUCUGACACUAGCGAUUAUCCCGCACAUCAAAAGACAGGUUCUUGCUAAAAAUUGUGGUAUUUUAAAUAUCGUACUAUUGCACUAUGGGCGUUGCGUUCUGUGGGUGGCAUGUGUAUGUAUAAAACUUCUAUACUGUAACUACCCCCUUGGAACUGCCCCCACGACCAUCCUUACCUUUCAAGGAAGGCAGAGAGCUUUUAAAAUCUCCAUCUUGCUUACUGGGCUCUGGGAUGCUCCCAUGUGAUUUGCAGGACCAUUCGAGCUCCUGCAAGAGCAUCCCAGAACCCAGUGAGCAAGGCGGAGAGCUUAAAAGCUCUUUCAGUGAUGGGGAAAACCCAGGGGCACAAGAGGAGCUUUUAAGCUCUCUACCCUGCAUGCGAUUGAUUUGUCGGAUUGGGGUGCAAAUAACCUGGCUGCCUUUCUGCCGUGCAAGAUUGAAAUUGUGCAAGUUAUACUGUUUGUGCACAAAAUUGAAUUAUAAAGUUAUGGAAGGUAAUUUAUAAAGCACGUUGAACCAGGCUUUGUUAGCUGUCAGGUUCUAUAACAUAUGCUGUCUUGUUCCCUAUAGGAAAGAGAGUGAUGAGCAGAUUAUAGCUGAAAAUCAAGCUGUGGCUGAAGCAGAAACUCCAGCUGAACAGUCAGUGGAUUUGAUGGUAUGAUAUGGCCCUGUGUACAUUGUUAUACUCAAAGCUGUGCAUACUUGCCAAAAUGGAAAACAAAACUGCACAAGCAUUCAGUUUCAAAGCUGAAUUCUGUCACCUGCGUAGGCAAGUUUUGCAUAUGCUUGUAGUGGUUUUGAAUCACCCCUUAUCAUGGUGAGUGAGAGGCACUAUGCAGAGCAGGAAAGCCUAUCUCAGUCCUGGUCAUUUGAAGUAAACACAAACAUACUUCUGAGAUUUCAACAGAUGUACUACUUAGGCACUUGAUUUAAUUUAACAGAUGUAAAUACCACUUGAUUGUAGUAAAACCUCUUAAGUUUACUAUAUUGCUAAAGUAAAGUUUUUAUUAAUAUUAGUUCAUUCACCUUUUAUAAGAAGACUUGUGGUAUUUGAAUAAUAAAUCCACGAUCUUAAAGACCUUGUAAUCAAGUUCCAGAAUUCAAAGCAAAGCAAUAAUAUUGCUAAUAUAACAACCUUGGGGAAGAAAAACACUUUUUAAUAUAACACUACUUACAUAUAAAAACGCAGCCGUCUGCAAUGGCAAAAUGACUUUUUAAAAUGUGUUUAUUGAUUUUUGAGAACUUGGUCCUCUGCCGCAGCUACUCAGUAAAGUGAAGCGGAGCAAUUACACUACUGUGCGAUUUAUUUCGUCUCUCCACUUUAAGGAAUAUUUUCUUUAAACUUUGCUUCUUAGGGUAACUUGUCUUUAAAUGGAGAGUUGCCUGGAGAUGGCUUUUUGCUCCAGCCUUCUUGCGAAAGGCCUGCAACAGUAAUGCAUGAAAACAACCAGGUUGCAGAUACAGAAAACGAAGAGUUCCGAUCACCCUCAGAAGGUAAGAGUAGUUGGAACUAUGGACCUUUUAGGCCCUUCUAAUUAUUGUGCAAAUUUUUUUUCCUAGUUAUACCUAAUUUUGUUUCCCAUGCUUGGACAAUUACAUAGAGCACAAACAAACUGACAUCAUAAGUACAAAUUACCAGAUUUAUUAUAAAGAUUUUGAGUGUCACCUAGCCCAACCCACUGCAAUGCAGGAAUCUCAGCUAGAUGACGGGUGGCCACCCAGCCUCUCCUUAAAAACCUCAAAGAAAGGGGAGUCCACCAUCUUCCACUGUUGAACAGCUUUUACCUGAUGUUCAGUAGGAAUAUCCUUAUAAUCCAUUGGUUUGCAUCCUAACUUCUAGAGCAGGAGAAAACAAGCUUGCUCCAUCUUCCACGUGACAGCCCUUUAGAUAUUUGAAGAUGGCUAUCAUAUCUUCUCCUCCUAUGAAGACCGCUUUGUAGGCGUUUGUCUUAAGGAUCCGCCCCCCCCCAAAAAAAAUCAGUGUGCAAAUAUUUGUCGAUAAAGCACUAUUGUGACUAUGUCUUCACGUGCUACCCUGAUUGGAGGACAGACUACUGCCAUUCUCAAAGUUCUGCAAAGCACUUGCAGCACGCCUAGUAUAGCUUUUUAUUCAUUUAUAUAUAGCUUAAUUCUAAAAAUAAUAAACUUCUAAAUAGUUUACCAAUAUGUGCUUCUAGCUUUCACUGAAGUUCCAGGCACAGCCAUGGAUCCAGUAAAUGUCUCCACCAAGCCAGGGGCUGGGAACCUGUAGCCUGCCAGAUUCUGAUAAUUGACCACAGGCUCCCCAUCCCUCAUCUAGCAACAUAUGACUCCAAAAGUGUUCAAAAUAAUGUUAGAUCUGAACCUUUGACGAAUUAUCUGUUCCUUCAUGAUUAAAUCAUAAGUUAAAUUAAUUUAAAUGAAAAGUAGAAAGAGCUGAACUGUGACUAGUAACUCCCACAAGGUGCACAGGCUACUAAAAAUUGCAGGAAGAUGUGCUUGCACUUCUCAUCUCCAGAAAGGACUAUCUUAUCUUUGCCCAUGCUACUUCUACUUUUAAUAACAUAAAAACCAUUGCUUUCUGCAUUUAUUAACACAUUUGCUUAGUUCUAGGACUCAAUAUUGAAGUGGACUAUCUGGAACAAUUUGGAAGGGCCUCAGUAAGUAACCAUUAUGUGAACUGAUUUUAAGAUUUUUACAGCAUUGAGCUUACUAUACUAGAACAGUCUAUAAAAGAGAGUUAAAGGUAUUUCAAGCAGAGGAGACUUUGGCUGGAGUAGAUACUCCUAAGGAUCUGAAGGCAAUUGCAGAGGAGAGCUCUAAACGUCUACCUACCAAUAUAAACUCAGUGUUAUGUAUAUUUUCUCAUUUACACAAGAGCUAAACUUGUUCUGUGGCAAAACACUGCCCUGUCUUCAUUCUCUUCCAGUUAAACUACCGUAUUUUUCGCCCUAUAGGACGCAUUUUCCCCCUCCAAAAAUGAAGGGGAAAUGUGUGUGCGUCCUAUGGGGCGAAUGCAGGCUUUCAUUGAAGCCUGAAGAGCGAGAGGGGUCGGUGCGCACUGACCCCUCUUGCUCUCCAGGCUUCAGGAAGCUAUCCGCAAGCCGUGGGAGCCCGGCGUGAAGUCGCGCAGCUCUCCUACGGCUUGCGGAGAGCUGCCUGAAGCCUGGGGCACGCUGAGUUCAGGCUUCGAGCUUCGCGCAGCUCUCCGCAAGCCAUGGGAGAGCUGCGCGACUUCGGGCAGAUAUCCGCAAGCCUGGGGAGACCGGCGCGACUUCCCUCCGGGCUCCCUAGGCUUGCAGAUAGCAGCCUGUUCUGGGGGCUGGGGUCGGGGGAAGCUCGGGCUUCCCACGCCUUGGGGGGAAAUAAUUUUUUUUUCUUUAUUUCCCCCCCAAAAAAACUAGGUGCACCCUAUGGGCCGGUGCACCCUAUGGGGCGAAAAAUACGGUAUAUGCUGCUUAAAUCACAAAACAGAUAUAGAAGAAUCUACUUUUAUUGGGUUGUUUUAGAGUUGUAUCAAAACUUCCUUGGUUGUGAGAUGCUCUUUAAUACAACUUGGAAGAUCUGUACCCCAAGCAAUCACAUCUUUGGCUGACUGACUUGUGCCUGUACGUCGCUUACUUACAAAUUCCUUCCCCAUAGUUUAAAGAAUCUGUCUUGAGGAAGCAAUCUCUGUACUUGAAAUUUGAUCCACUGCUCAGUGAAAGCCCUAAGAAAAGUGCUCCUGGUGCUAAUGAACAUGCAGUUCGAAAUGGGUAAGCAUUCAAUUUUUAGUGCUCUUCAAUUUUGGAGCCUAUUUAGGAUUGUUUCAGUAUUUUUUCUUAUUUUAAAUUAGACCAUCUAGAGAAAUGGCAGUCAAUGAAAUAAAAACAUCUAAACCUGAAGAAAAGGCAUUGGGACUAGACCUUCUAGGAGCUUCAACAAAUCUGGUAAGUGCCAUCUAAAUAUCUCCAGUAGUUUGCAGAUACAGGUGGUUUGUAAUUUUUUAAAAAAAGAUCAACACAUUGGCCCAGUUCAGAAAUAGUAUGAAAUCAUGGUUUCCUAUUUUGUGAAUGAGCCAUGGUGAACCUCAGGCUUGCAUGCUGGAAGAGGUCAGAAGCAUUACAUUUUAAACUCAAAUGAACCAACUAUGGUUUUUUAAAACAUUUAACAGUUUAGACAUCAAGGGAACUAUGGUUUGUCUGAUUCAGCUUGAUGCAUCUUAGAGUAUCUGUUAGCACAAAAAUGCAUUAUAAAAGUAUCACAUGUAAAUGUGUUUUUAAAUUCUUGUCACAGGCCAGAGGUUCUCCAGAUAUUCCAACCACUAAGGAUAUUUCAUUUUUGCCUUCUGCGCUGCCUACUGAGGCUAUUGUGGAAGUGUUGAAAUACACUCAGCAAGACAUGGAUACAGCUAUUGAAAGGGUUAAACUUGAGAAGGACGCGGUUAUCAAAAAGCUUACUUCCGAGGUGAGAACAUGGGAAGGAAUAUUUGAGUUGAUAAUAUUUAGAAAGAUACUGUUUAGAAUGGCUUUUGAUUUCCUGCUGACCAACUUUUGAUUUCCUGCUGACCGGUAACAUUUGCCCACUUUGCAAGACUUUUCUGCAGAUUUUCUUUACCAAUGGGAGUUUUCAAACUGAUCUUUGGAACACUAAUCAAAUUAGUUCCAUCUAAUGCUCCUGAUCAAUAUAAACUACCAGGGUCAUUUAUUUUUGCUUUUUUCCUUGGGUGAUUAUAAAUAAAUGGCUUCCUCAAAUGCCCAUACAAAAGAGAGUAAGCUUUCUUAUCAAAUGGUACAGUUGUCCUUAAGGUAGAAUGAGGUCUAGCCAAGGACUUUUCUGGAUGUUGCUUUGAUUCUAGCCCAGAUCUAAAGUGACAUCCAUUACUGUUACGCUCUCAUUUUGGGGACCUUGUGGUUUCAGGUACAAGAAAAGGAGAUGGAAGCUUUGGAAUGGGAAAGGAAGCAUCACAAGAUCUAUUUGGAAAAUAAAGAAAUGGGGUAGGUGUACAACUGGGAUACAGAAGCAUGUUCUACUGUUGCUUUCUCGCAAGACUUAAAUACCACCAAAUAUAUGGAUCCAUUUCAACUGGUAUCUGACUCUGCUUUGGAACUGAAGCUUCCUCUUCCUUCCUGGUAGGCAACAAGUGCUGGUUCCUUGGGCAGUGCCAGAUACCUGUUGGACUGACUGGGAUGAUUGUUCUGCCCGAGGUGCCUCUGUCGUUGCUGCCUCCUCACCUUUGUCAUGGCUGCUAUUCCUCCUAACUUCCUUCCCCUCAGCUGUUGAACUGCUUUGCUGAUGCAGCAAAAGUGCCAGGCAUGCCUCAGGCUCCCUCUGAGCCUCACUCUGAGAAAUGGCUGGGGCCCUUCCUUGGAGCAAGGCAUUCUGGGCAACGUGGCCUAGGAGGGGUCCUGUGCAUAGCUGUCAACUUACAGAUUUGAAAAUAAGGGACCAGCAGCCAAAAUAACGGAUUUUGCUAUUGUAAAGAGUUACAUACAUUGGUAGGAUUGACAGGUGCUGUCAAUCUGGCAUGGGGCGGUUGUGGCACCGCCAUUCUGCGUUGUUUUUAAUACUUGAUUGGGAGCCGCCCAGAGUGGCUGGGGAAACUCAGCCAGAUGGGCGGGGUAUAAAUAAUAAAUUAUUAUUAUUAUUAUUAUUACCACCCCUCCCCAUCCCCUCCUCUUCCUCCUCCCUCAGGCCGUCUCCUCCGCUGCCGCCUCCGGGCUCGCGGGCAGCGUGGGCGAGAGUCUCUCCCUCCCCUCUGUCUCGGGCAGGGAAGGGCCGAUGGAAUUCCUCGCACCAGGACGACGGCGCCAGCACGCGCUCUCACAGCGGAGGAUCCCAAGCCGCUGCUUUCCUCCUGAGCCGGGCGAGCAUGAAACCCGGGAAAUUUAAGGGACAUCAUCAAUAAGGGACAGCAGCGGGACACGGCGCUGGGAUAAGGGAGUUUCCCGCCAAAUAAGGGACGGUUGACAGCUAUGGUCCUGUGCUGCUGAAGCUUUGCUAAUUAUUAAAGUAACUUUGAGUCAGGGCAUUGGUCCAUCUCACCCAGGAUCCUCUGCCCUGACUGGCAGCUGCUUUCCAGGGUUUCAGGCGGGCCAUGUUUCAUUAUUGCCAAGUGAAAUACCUGUUUUGGUCUAGAUCCUCCAUGAGUUGCCUAACUUUAUUAGGACCAUUUUUGUUAGGAGGGGCAAAUUAUUUUUAUUUGCGGCUUAUCUCAAAAGGAGAGGGAACUGUCACCACUACCACUACAGUGGAGAUAAAAAAAAUGUAAUUAAAAACAGCAACAGACAAAAAGGAAGAGUCACCCUGUGCAAGAUGACCUUUCUUCAAGUAGAAGAGCAUUCAUGGGAAGCUUAGUGUUCUGGGUCAUUAGUGAUCUUUCUUGCUAUACAUAUUAAAAUAAGCUCUCUUUUUUAGAACAAUUGUUGCGGAGUUUGAAGUUACCGUAGCACAAGUGAUGGGUAAGUACAAAUUACAAAAACAUGAAGACGGGGGCAGGGGUGCUUUGUACUGAAUCAUACCGCUGUUGUAUCUGGCCAGAACUAUAUGCUGACUACCAGCAGCUUUCAAAGGCUCCCAGCCAGAUGUGAGGAGUUGUUGUUGUUGGUUUGUUUUUGUGUGUGUUUGUUUGUUUGUUUGUUUGUUUGUUUUGAGGCCUGGUACAACCGAGGGAUUCAACUUUCGAAACUUUGUGUGUAAAGCUUGUGCUCUACCAUUGUGUAUUCCUGCUCCAAAGACGUGUUUGAGAGUCUCCAGCUCCAUUCUUGCCAAACUUUUCAAAGACUAGGAAAGCACAGGAAUUGAGAAUCACAGAAGUAUGGGGCGGCAGCAGAGAUUCGAGAUUACUUGAUAUUGGUUUAGCCUAGUCUUUCUCAAACUUGGUCCCCCAGAUGUACAGCUUCCAUCAUCCCUAGCUAUCGGGACCAGUCAGGGAUGAAGGAAGUUGUAGUCCAACAACAUCGGUGGGGGGGCAUGUUUGAGAGAGGCUGGCUUAGCCCAUCAACUUAAUUUGGAAGAAAUUGACUGUCAGUCUUUGGUAUAUUUUUUUUUAAAAAUCCAAAGUGGUGUUUCCAAGACAAAUACAUAACUAAAAUACAGUAUGCGAUCAUCCACAUGGCAUCAAAAACAGACUAGGAAAAUCUUUUACAUUACAGAUUACGCCUCACAUCCACAGGGAAUAGUUCAAUCUAAGUGUUAAGAUGAUUGCUCCAUAGUGGCUGCUUCUAUUAAUAAACUUGAACUAGGACAGGGUGGGGAAUCUGACCCUCCAGAUGUUGCUGGACUCCAGCUUCCAUUAGCCCUAGCCAGCAUGGCAAAUGGUCAGGGAUAAUGGGAAUUGGAGUCCAGGAACAUGUGGUUCUCCCACUCUUCUAAGGGACAGCAUUAAUUUGUAUAUUUCAUUAUUAUAGGCUAAUUGUCCUCAAGACACUGAAAGCUGCCUAGCUGCUAACAGAAGCCAGUUUUAUAUGCAUUAUUUGAAUAUGAACUUGAAUAUGAACUUGAGGAAGCUGUUCAAACAAUGCAGGGUUUCUGAAACUUGGGUCUCCAGCUAUUUUUGGACUACAAUUCCCAUCACCCUGAUCACUGGUCUUGCUAGCUCAGGAUGAUGGGAGUUGUAGUUCAAAAACAGCUGGAGACCUGAGUUUGAGAAACCCUGUUCUAUUUUGUUGCACGUUGUGUCCUAAAUUCUGCACCAUAUCUGACAUUUCUGAAUAUAUGCAGCCUUUCUUGAGGUUACUUGAAAACUGCCUCUCCUAGACAUGGGGGUAAUGGGGCGCUUUUGCACAAAGAUCUCUGGACUGUUGUCUGUUUUGGAUCCUAGAGAGCAAGCAGUGCAUUUCAUUUGUAUCUAUCUGUUUCUCUAGAGAAUUCCCAGAAAGAAAAGGAGCUUGCCCAGAAAGAACUGCAGAAAGUACUGGAUGAAAAACGGCAGAUUAGCUCCGAUCUGAAUUCUGUGGAAAAAUCAUUGUCUGAGCUCUUCAAACGAUUUGAAAAGCAGAAGGAGGCAAUAGAAGGAUAUCAGAAAGUGAGCAUUUUUAACUCUGCCAGCCACUUAUGUUUCUUGGUCUCCCACUGUGGCGUUCGUACAGAGCCCCUGGUCGUUUCACAGACUGUUGACCUGUACACCACUGCUUUAUUCUUCCGCUGCCACCAACCAGGUUUCUUCUGGUGAAAUACUGAGUCUCAGUCAGGUUGUAAAGUCAAGAACGAAGAUUAAAGUUUAUUGAAGAACAAACAAGUUUUAAAUAUGUUCAGAACGGUUUCUCAAAUGCUUGCCCUUAACUAGAUGUGGCACUAUCUCACUGUCACACUCUUCUCUCUCAAUUCUAUCCCUGUCUCUCACUCUAGCUGUCACAACCGCUAUGUUCGACUUUCACUGGCUCUGACUCCUAUCUCCCAAUGGUAAAACUCCUGGGCUGAGCCUCAAAACCAGGUAGGCUCCACCUCUGAGCUUUCUCGUUGGUCAAUCUACAUUAACCAUUUCCAUCCCCCUGUACAAACAUAGUCACAAGGAGUGGGUAAACGCCACACCCACCUUUGCAACUCUUAAGCCUGCAAAGCCCAUGUGUAUCCCUGAUUACACAUUACAUUUCAACACGUAUAUAACAACUAUAACUGUGGAGGCAGGCUAUUUUGAGAUCCUGUUAUGAAGGCUGCACUGUAUUUUAAUUACUAAGGGGGGGGAACUUGGCAAGCGUGACAUCUUUGGUUGAAAAUAAAUUCAUUUACUACUAAGAACAUCAAAAUAAUUGCAGAGUAAAAUGUAAAGCAGCAGUCUCCAACUUUUUUGGACCAGGGCUGGAUGGGGGAUAGCAUAAGAAAGCUGGAGAUACUGCAGUCAUUGCUACUUUCCCAAUCCCAGGCAACCUCAUGUUUGACAUGGGAAGUUGCUUAUGUCCUGCUGGUCGUAAUUGUGGGGAUCAUACAAAAUCAAUCUCUCUCUCUCUCUCUCUCUCUCUCUCUCUCUCUCUCUCUCUCUCUCUCUCUCUCGCACACACACACACACACACACACACACAGUUGCUGUCUAAUACAGAGCAUUUCUCAGUACCAGGAAAAAUAUACAAAGUGGUCACUAUUGUUUAGUUAGUUAGUUUACUGCUCUUCAUCCAUAGAUGUUUCUUACACCAAUACAGAAAAAGCUGACCUGCAUUUCUCCCUCUCGUGUGCAGAUGAUGCGUACGGACCACACAGCAACCUCCCCCACACAACACAAUUCUCCCUCUCCGCCCAAGUGCAUUUCCCUUAAUCACACACAGAGCAUAUUUUAGCAAAACCCUCUAUGGAUGAAGGGCUGCUAUUCUACCCCCCCCCCAUACAACCCCUCCCAAACUAUUCUUAAAAACAAACUAGAAAAACACACAAGGACACCCGCAGGUGCUACACUGCCAAUCCCUGCUUUAAAGGACCAUACAUCAAUAAUGCUAGAUGAGCUUCGUUGAUGCCAAAUGUAGUAUUUGCUGAGAUGUUGGUUCUGGACAGGAAACUAAAGAAAUGGUAUGGAAGUUUCUCUGUUAUCCCAAAUGUCUUAAAGUGCUAUUACUUGAUAUAGCACAGGUGGCACACAUGCAUUCAACCUGUUUUCUUCUGAAUACAACCAGUAUAGCUUUCUGUAUUACAAUGCACUUGUAGAGGUUUUAACAGAAUUUUGCUGAAUGUGUAAUUUGUGGUGUUGGUGUAGAGUGAUUCUACUUUUUGACAGAUCAAGAUUUGGGCUUGCCCUCGCAAUUAUUUUUAAGAGGUCCUCUCCCCUCUGAAAUGGCCUGGGGUUGUUUUUUCUUCUAGAACGAAGAGGCUUUGAAAAAAUGUGUUGAGGAUUACAAUACAAGACUUAAGAAGGAGGAACAGAAAUAUCAAGCAUUGAAGGCCCACGCAGAAGAAAAGCUAUGCCGGUGAGUAAUGAGGUGUUGGGAUCCAGCCGUCCUUCAGAUUGCAGUGCAUUUAAGUAAAGUGCCCGUGUUAACGAAGAAGCUAAUACGCCUGCAUGCCUUUUUGACAGGGCAAAUGAAGAGAUUGCCCAAGUACGAAGCAAAGCCAAAGCCGAAGAGGCAGCGCUCCAAGCCAGUUUGCGCAAAGAACAGAUGAGAGCCCAGUCACUAGAGAGCAGCCUUGAGCAAAAGGUCAGUCUUAAAUUCUCGCUGGAGCUUGGGACUGUUAGUGGUGGUUCAAGCAGAGGAGUGGAGGGGCCGCCUUCCAAAGGCUUUGCUGCUUGCAGAUUAAAUCCAUAUCUGCAAAACUCAUCUGAAAUCUGUAUUAUAUGAAAAUCUACUGGACCCAAAUUGCAUCUCAUCCGGGCUACUCAUUAGCUCCAGCUGAGAUCCCUAAAAUGAAACAAUGCUGUGAUUUGUGUACUCCAGACACAAGCACCUCUUAGGCUUCUCCUUGCAUUUUGCUACUUAAAAAUGAGGCCCACUGUGCAAACUAUUCUAAUCUGUAAAAAUAUGGGUGACUUUUCUGAAUAUUUGUGCAACUCCUACAAUCUCUGAUAUGUCUCCUUCUCUUUUAACAGACAAAGGAAAACAACGAACUCACAAAAAUCUGUGAAGACUUGAUUUCUAGGAUGGUGCAAAAAUGAGCGAAAUUGUUGCAUCACACAAUUCCUGUUUUAUUUCUAAUUUCACAAGUCUGUGCUUUGAAUAGUUUAAUUACAAAAAAAUAACUUACUUGCACUGAUUUGUCUAUUAAUGUUGGUUUUUAUGAGAUACAAAAAACAACUGAAUGCCCAUGUCUGUAUUUUUGUAUGUAAAUAAAGCUUUUUGUGCACUUUG